AUGUCGGUUGCUCCGAAGUUCGCGGGGCUCAAGCUCUCUGCGGGGACUUUUGAAGAAACACAACAUACUCUUGAACUGUACCUCGACUAUGUGUGCCCCUUCUCCGCCAAAAUGUUUAAUACAUUUUAUACGUUGAGGCCCGUGAUCGCUCAGCAGUAUAGCCCCCGGCUUCAGGUGAUUUUUCGACAGCAUAUCCAGCCGUGGCAUCCAUCCUCCACACUCACCCACGAAGCCGGCGCGGCCGUUCUUCGGCUGGCCCCCGAGAAAUUCUGGGACUUCAGUGCGGCCUUGUUCAGACAUCAGACCGAAUUCUUCGAUGUGAGCCUGGUGAACGAGACCCGUAACAAGACCUAUGAGCGACUGGCCCAGAUAGCCGGGUCGGUCGGCGUGGAUGAGCACAAGGUUUUGGAGCUGUUGAAAAUCCCCGAAUCACCCGGCAACGACGGUCAAUUGAACAUUGGGAACAAGGUGACCAAUGAUAUUAAGUGGAUGGUCAAGGCCGAUCGAGUGGUGGGCGUUCAUGUCUCACCAACCGUCUUUUUCAAUGGUGUGGAAGAGCGGAGCAUCAGCAGCAGCUUCACGGAAGCCCAAUGGGGAGAGUGGCUCGCCCAGAACGUGGUUUGA